AUAAAGUAGAGACCUUUUGGUUUUGAUAACCUCAAAUUUAUUUUUGCAGGUUAUCAUGUCUAUAUUAUUUUCCCUGAAAAACUCGAUAUGCUAUCAAAAUUCAAUGCUGAGGAUAUUCCACAGAAAGCAUUUGCUUUUAAAUUUAAACAAAAAUCUGACGACGCAACUGUCGCAGCAACCGCUUGCAGAAAACCAAAAGGUUGUAUCAUUUGAUGAUAACGUGAAGCAACGACGAGAUGAGGCGAAUCGCAGUAUUCUUGUGCAGGUGCAAUCUGCACAUUCCUUCCAUGAGCUGCAGUCGUAUUGCAGCUCUGUUGGGACUGUCAAGAAGAUGAUGCAUUACUCAACUGGUGUGGAACCUAUGCAUUUCAUAAUAGUCGAAUUUGCCAAAGCCAGCGAUUUACAAAACAUAUAUACAAUGAGCUCUUACAUCGAAGACACCCAAGUGGUUCCGGUUCAAUCAUCUUAUCUUUGGUUCAGAGCAGCCACAAAGAAAUUGUCUAAAAACAAGAACAAGAGUAUUCAUAAAUUGAAUGUGGAGAAUGGAAAUCAUAUUCUUAGAGAUAAUGAACUGUUGCAAGUUUUGAAUUCAUGUGCGGAUGUGAAUGAGCAAAUGGUCAAUUUGCACAACAGUACCAGGUUGAAUGAGGUUGGGACUAGGUUGAGAUUUCUUGUUGCAAAGCAAAUUGAGAUGGCUAUUUCAGGAAUGUUUCCAAAUUCAGCUGCAUUGCCGUUUGGAUCUUCUGUGAAUGGAUUUGGGAAAAUGGGCUGUGAUUUGGAUUUGGUUCUUAGAUUAAAUGAUGAGUCGAAAGUAAUUACAGAUGAAACUAGGCUAGUGUACCAUUGCAAGGCUCUUUCUGGGUCUGAACGUUCGAUAUCUCAAAGGCAUAUGGAAGUUAUAGGAGAUAUUCUUCAGCUAUUUUUGCCUGGAUGUUCACAAGUUAGGAAGAUAUUGCAGGCACGAGUUCCUAUUAUAAAAUAUUACCAACAAUUGACCGACGUCGAAUGUGAUUUAUCAAUGUCGAACACUUCUGGUUAUCACAUGUCCGAUUUUUUGUAUAUAAUGGGUGCAAUGGACCAUCGAGUAAGACCUCUGAUCUUCACAAUCCGACGAUGGGCGGCAACAGUUGGAUUAACCAAUUCUUCUCCUGGGAGAUGGAUCACAAAUUUCUCUUUAACAUUAUUGGUGAUAGGUUUCUUGCAAAAUCUACCGAAACCGGUUCUACCGUCGCUGAAUGCUUUAGUUAAACUUGCUGGCAAGAAUGACAAGUAUAUAACAGAUGAUGGCAUAAAUUGUACAUUUCUCAGGGACAUAAAUGUAUAUUUAGCUACGAAUCCAAUUGAGAAUACGGAUUCUUUGAAAAUACUUCUGCUGCAGUUCUUUGUGUACUAUUCUCAAUUCGAUUUCUCUUCAAAAGCGAUCUGCUUGAAUGAAUCCAUGGCGAUCGCGAAGCCGGAACAUAGCGCGCUUUACAUUGUGAAUCCUCUCGAAAGAGGUCUGAACGUGAGUAAAAACGUGAGUCCCGAGGAACUGGAGAAGUUCAGACUGGAGGUGCGGAAUGCGGCAUGGCUAUUAGAAUCGGAUGAAACGAAGGACAGCAACUGGGGUAUAAUCCCUCUUUUAACAGCGAAGAGGAUAUUAAGCAUGAAUAACGGUAAUUUACCUAGGACAAAAUUGUUAGAAGUUAGCAAGUUAUUUGAGGACGACAAGGACGGUCCAGUUUAUAAGAAUAAUGAUGUGAAGAAGCAAGUUCAGAAUAUCAGGAAAGAUACCAAGAAGCAAUUAGAAAAUACUUUAAAUGUGAAUCAGCAAAAGUCUGGAAGGUAGUGACACGAGAAAUUACAAAUUACACCUUUUAUAUAUAAUAUCUAAAUUGAUUUGUUAUUAAAACAACAAAGA